AUGUGUCCCAGUCGCCCAACCCGCAGCGCAAAGUCGCGGGCGGCAACCAAAAUAUCUUCCGCCACCAUUGCGGAAUCCAGGGUCGAGGAGACUGACGCUGACGUCAAGAAGGGUACCCGAGCCAAGGGUGGUGUCAAGAAGACGGAGGUUGUCGAGGAGAAGGUUGUUGUCAAGAAAGUCGCUGCAAGGAAGCGCAAAGGCAAAGCCCAAGAGGAAGAAAACGAUGACAAUGCUGAAGAGAUUGAGAACAAGGACUCUGUCCAAGAAGAAGCAAAAAAGCCGGCUCCCAAGAAGCGCAAGACCAAGGCUUCUGAAGAGGAUGCCACUCCCUUGGCAACCAGGACACCAGUUGAGUCGAUGAAGAGGAAGCUUUACAUUGGAGCCCACGUUAGCAGUGCUGGAGGCGUCCAAAACUCCAUCACCAACGCUCUGCACAUCGGCGCCAACGCCUUCGCCGUCUUCCUCAAAUCCCAACGUAAAUGGGUAUCACCGCCCCUCGACCGCUCCGCCGCCGCCGAUUUCUCCCGCCUUGCCUCUCUCCAUGGCUACUCCCCCUCCUUGCACGUUCUCCCCCACGGCUCCUACCUCGUCAACCUCGCCCAGGUCGACAAAGCCAAAGCUGACCAAGCCUACGGCAACUUUGUCGACGACCUGCAACGCUGCGCCACAUUGGGAAUCAAGCUGUACAACUUCCAUCCCGGUUCGACGGGCGGGGAACCCAUCGAAGAAGCGUGCGCGCGUAUUGCAAGCCAGUUGAACCGGGCGCAUAAGGAGAAAGGGACGGGAGAGGUGGUGACAGUUAUUGAGAAUAUGUGCGGCUCCGGCAACGUGAUCGGCUCCCGCUUUGAGGAUCUGAAGAUGAUUAUUGAUGGAGUGGAGGAUAAGAGCCGCGUGGGCGUGUGUAUUGAUACAUGCCAUGCCUUUGCGGCGGGACACGACUUACGCACGCCAGAGGCUUUCGAAAAAACCAUGAAGCGAUUUGACGAGAUUGUCGGUUUGAAGUACCUCAAGGCGUUCCAUUUGAACGAUAGCAAAGCCCCCUUUGGCUCGUGCAGAGACCUACACGCCAAUAUCGGCACAGGAUUCCUGGGGUUGAGAGCGUUUCAUAACCUGAUGAACUACGAGGCAGUGCAGGGGUUGCCGAUGGUGCUGGAGACGCCGAUAGAGGAGAAGGGGGCGGAUGGGAAGAUGGUGGAGAAUAAGCAGAUUUGGGCGGAUGAGAUCAAGUUGUUGGAGAGCUUGGUGGGGAUGAACGCGGAGAGUGAGGAGUUUAAAAAGAUGGAGGAGGAGUUGCAAAGAAGGGGGGCGAGCGAGAGGGCCAAGAUCCAGGAGCAGGUGGAUAAGAAGGCUGAGAAGGAUGCGAAGAAGGGGGCUGGGAAGGGAAAGAAGGGGGCUGCGGCUGCGGGAGGGUCGAUAUCGAGCUUCUUCAAGAAAAAGGUAAAGGAGGAGAGUGAGGGGGAGGAUCACGAGUAA